AUGCUACGAUUCAGCGAGUCUAACUUGACCGAUGCCGACUUCUUCAAGACAUACAUAGGCCCUGUUGCGCAGACGCUCGCAUUUGCGUUGCCUCCGCCCUGGAAUGUUUUCGGAUCUGCAGGGUUUCAGAUACUUGAUGAGAUCUUUGGUGCUUUCGGAAGCGGCCCCAAUCUCGCCUUAGUUAUUAAGGACCUUCUCGAGCAAACAGUCCAGGCUAUGAAGAAUCUCUUACUAGAUGAUGCCGUUCGACAGGCCACAAACUCUAUCAACGCAUUCAUUGAGUGGGUCUCCAUAGCCACAACCGGGCUUGACAACUUGACCUCAGACAACGAAAUCUGGAUUAACGAAACACUCAUUACGCUCGGUGACGUGAAUAAUCCAAGUUUCACAGGCAACAUAUUAAACGAUCUCAUCACUCUGACGAGUCCGGAGCUAUGCACUAUUCAGAGAGACGAAGUUAUCAGCCUUGCUUUCAUGGCAGCGAGCUCCCUUUUCUUUUCGUAUCGCCUUCGUUGCCAACUUUAUUCGUUAUUGGCUUCAUUCGCCCAGAGCAAAAAUCAAAUCGAUGAAUAUGACCGCGAUGCUGGCGAGUUUUACUUACUUACGACUGAAUUUGAGGUAACUCUCCAAACCUGGGUCGGCACACUGAAGGCAAAGCUCGACGAACUAGUCAAAGCUCGCAAGGAUUGUGUGACGCCAGUGCAUUAUUAUGACAACAGGAGCACCCAAUGCCACACUAAUGGUGGACCCGCUGGCGGAACUAGCUGCGACACAUCGGGUAACGAUGGCUAUGCCUGUGAAGACACUUUUCUUGGCACAACCCCUGCUAUAAUGUAUGCUACCUAG